UAUACCAGUGUUAGUGUUCUACAUAGUAGUGUUACAGUGUUAUAGUACUUAUAUAGCAGUGUUAUAGUACUUUAUAUACCAGUGUUACAGUGUUUUAGUACUCUAUAUAGCAGUGUUAUAGUACUUUAUAUACCAGUGUUACAGUGUUAUACUCUAUAGCAAUGUGCUACUGUGUUACAGUGUAACGGUUUCCACGCAACCCCGCCCUCUAUUCUUUCGCGCACAGCAGCAGUCCUUCCACUGUACACAUGUACAAAUCCGCAAAGCCCUCUGGGAUACGAAGUCUAUUACUCCAGAGUUCCGCCCAAUCAGCAUCGGUGCUCUGCGGCGCAGGACUUCAUUUCCCAGCAUGCACCGCCGCUGGCCGGCACGCAGUCCGCGAGUCGAGCUGUCACGGACAGCAACGUCUCGGCCAAUCUCCCGUUUGGUGGGCGGAGUCUCCGGGGUGUCCGAGGAGAAGAGGAAGGCGCAGUUAUGGGAGAGAUUUAAAAUAGCAGAAGUGACACAUGACCGAAAGUUCGGACACGGGGAGAAAGAGCAGCUCGACCCGAUCACCGGCGUAGCGCAGUCCGGCGGCCGACACACACGCACAAUGUCCGAGGCGGAGUACGACUGGCCCGAACCCGGGACCGAACCCGGGACCGAACCCGAGGACGAGGCCGAUCCACGGUGGUUGCGGGCGGAGGUGGAGCGACUCUCCCGGGAGUUGAGCCUCACGAGCCGGGAGAAGGUGCAGGCUGCGGAGUACGGACUGGCCGUGUUGGAGGAGAAACAGCGGCUGAAGCAGCGAUACGAGGAGCUGGAGGCGGAGUCUGACUCCGUGAGACAGGAGCUGGAGCACCUGAGACAGGCGCUGGGUCACGCCCACUCCAGCCACAGGAAGGUGGCGGCGGACGGGGAGAGUCGCGAGGAGUCCCUGCUGCAGGAGUCGGCCUCCCGGCAGGCCUUUUACGAGCAGAGGCAGCUGGACCUGCAGGCCGAAGUGCGGCAGCUGAGGAGCGCCCUGGCCAGCGCCCAGGCGGAGAACGAGCGCCUCGCUGCCGUCGCCCUCGACGUCACGGAGAGCAACGCGGCGGGCGAGCUCCAGCGAUGCCGUCUGCGCGACGACCUCAAGGAGUACAAGGUGCGGGAGUCGCGCCUGCUGCAGGACUGCGCGGAGCUGGAGGAGGAGAACAUCUGCCUGCAGAAGCAGGUGUCCUCGCUCAAGCAGAGUCAGGUCGAGUUCGAGGGCUUGAAGCACGAGGCUCGGCGGCUGGAGGAGGAGCUGCAGUUCCUCAACAGUCAGCUAGAGGGAGCCGUGCGGCUGAAGGAGAUCGCAGAGCGGCAGCUGGGAGAGGCGCUGGAGACCAUCAAGUCGGAGCGCGAGCAGAAAGGCGCCCUGCGUAAGGAGCUGAACCAGCACCUGGGGGCCGGAUACCUGUUCCCGGCAGCCACGCCCCCGGAUGGCGCAAAACCGAGCAGCGAGGAGUCGCUCGCCGACUUGAACGGCAGUCUCGGCAUCCUGGCUAAUGGCAGCGAGUCUCCGCCCGCUGACGGCGAGCGUUUCCGGCCCGCCCCUAGCCUGGUGGACGAGCUGCUGAGCGAACUCAACAUCUCAGAGAUCCAGAAGCUGAAGCAGCAGCUCCUCCAGGUGGAGCGGGAGAAGGGGGCGCUCCUGGCCUCGCUGCAGGAGUCCCAGGCGCAGCUGGAGAGCAGCCAGGGGGCCCUGGCCAGGCAGCAGGAGCAGCUAAACUGCCUGCAGGAGAACCUGAGCGCCAUGCGGAAGCUGGAGGCCAGCAGGGGGCAGCACGACGAGCGGUACGAAGCCCACGACUACGAGCUGGACGUGGACGGGCCGGAGAUCCUGGCGUGCAGGUUCCAGCUGGCUGCGGCCGAGGCCGCCGAGCUGCGGGACGAGCUGAAGCUCCUGCGGGCCGACCGCGAGGAGCGCCGAGCCGAGCUGGAGCGGGACAACGAGCGCCUGCGGGAGGAGCUACGGGUCCUGGGCGCUCGUAUCUCGGCCGCCGAGCAGAGCAGCCGCUCGGGGCGCGAUGAGGCGGCGCGCUUGCGGCGGGACCUGGAGCGGGCGAGCGAGGAGGUGAACGAGUCGAAGGGCAGCCUCGCCGUUGCCCAGGACGAGAUGGCAGCCUUCAGCGAGGAGCUGGCCAACCUCUACCACCACAUGUGCAUGUGUAAUAACGAGACGCCGAGCCGCGUCACGCUCGACUUCUACCGCAAGGGCGGCGCCAAUGAGUCCUCCGCGCAGCCGGUGCCGGGCGAAUUGCGCAGCCUGGGCGCCGUCGUGCGGGAGCAACUGGCGCACCUGCAGCGGGCCGUGGAGCGCACCAUCGAGGCGUCCCGCCAGCGGGGCGCGGAGCCAGAGACACGACCCCCCCUGGAUAAGGACAAGGAGCAGGAGGCCUACAUGGAGGAGAACCUCAAGCUGAAGUCGCUGCUGAGCACCAAGCGGGAGCAGAUCGCCACCCUGAGGGCUGUCCUCAAGGUCAACAAGCAGACCGCGGAGGUGGCUCUGGCCAACCUGAAGAGCAAGUACGAGAGCGAGAAGGCCAUGGUGACGGAGAUGGUGACGAAGCUGCGCAACGAGCUGAAGGCCCUCAAGGAGGACGCGGCCACCUUCUCGUCGCUGCGAGCCAUGUUCGCCACACGGUGCGACGAAUACGUCACGCAGCUGGACGAGAUGCAGCGGCAGCUGGCUGCGGCCGAGGACGAGAGGAAGACGCUCAACUCCCUGCUGCGCAUGGCCAUACAGCAGAAGCUGGCGCUGACGCAGCGCCUCGAGGACCUCGAGUUCCACCACGAGCAGUCGAACCGCGGCGGUCGUGGGCGGGGCCGGGCGUCCGGGGGGCGGAGCCGGGCCGCCUCCAGCCUCCCUCACUGACGCGGUGACACGGUGCUGCUGGUCGGGGUGCCGGGGGCAGCUGGUCUGUCCUCAGACGGCCUGCGGGACACGGUCCUCUCGGAUGAUGGCAACCGCGUCCCGAAGAGGCUGGACCGUCACGGCGCACCUCAUAUUUCCGUCCCAUCAAUCAGCGUUUUUCAUUCUGCAUGGAAGGCGUCUCUCCUCUGCUCGUGUGUCAGUGUUAAUGACAGGACCGUUUGCGGUUUAGCGCGGUAUUACUGUACUCCUACCGUUGUACACUAUUAAUUAUGUUCUGGUGUAUGACGGCAUACUUCCUCUGCGCUCACGGCGGCGUGGUGCUCCGAGAAAAGGGACGAGAGGAUCGCGGUAGGAGGCGGUACGCCCCUGUGCUGCGCUCUGCUGCCUUGUCCUCACCGGUGCCAACAGUGUGUGAUGUGGUGUGUGUGCGCGUGUGUGCAUAGAGGCCGAACUGGGCGGGUUCGUGACCUCAGUGGUUUCUUCACUUGGUUGCUAUUAGUAUUAUUAUUAUUAUUGUUUAAUGGAAAUUCGGGAGCUGUACUGUACUGUAGCGAAAACAGCCUUUUUACUCUUUUUGUUCUCCUCUCUGGAAUAACAGCACAGGUGACUCUUUUCUGACACAUCUUUGUGUCCAGCGUUCAGACCACAUUGACACGGGUCCGACAGCGACUGUUGGCGUACGUAUCAGUGUGUUUAUCUGCGUGUUUAUCUGGGAAGCACAACACAGGAGAUGGACGGUUGGGGGGUCUGGCAGCUCUGUGUCUGUCUGUCUCUCUCUCUCUCUUUCUCUCUCUCUCUGUUCUCCAGAGCCGGUGCUCAGAGACCUGUUUACAUUGUAUGUUCUCGCAUGUCCUGCUCCGGCCACCUCGACCACGUGCAAUAAGAGGAAGGUCCGGGUCGUGUUUCUCUCCGGGGACGAAGGCUCCUCGGCGGCGGAACUCAUCCGCGGGGCCGGGUGCUUCCGGAACCUUCCUGUGCCAUUAGGAAGAGCAUUUCCUCUUUGACUCAGGUUCGCACUGUGUGACGCAUGAAGAUCGGAACAACUGCACAUUAUUACCAUCAGCUUUUUAAAACUUGUUCAUGUUUUAUACUCUUCUUUUGUCAGAAUUACAUGAUGGGGAAAAAAAAACAAGCGAUUAUUUGGGGGGCGUAGUUCAUGCAGCGCCCUGUCGUCCCUCGUUGUGCAGACCGUUGGUUCCCAGCUCCUGUGUCACAUGAGUCAUUAUAAUAAUUAAUAACAAGGAGGGAAUAUUUGCCCGAGAAAGUGACUCUUUGUGUGACUUUUUAAUGUAACGUCGUUCAGAAACCGUGGCCCCGGAGCCUUCGGUCUGCAGCCUUCUGGCGUGUUCUUUAACACGGAGCCUUUUUCAGUCUUUCUAACCGGGGCCUCUUUGCCUUCCAUGUGCGAGGCGUGUGUUGCGUCCUGUGUGCCAGAUGCCCUGUACGCUCCGUGUGGUGAGACACCAGUGUAACCAGGUCGUGUGUUUUUACCUUUUGCUACGUUUAUAUCUGCUUUUUAUGACCCGGAGCACGCGGAGAGGCACGGGAGGCUCGUCCGUGAGGGACAGCGGAGCGAGCGGUGGCUUUGUGUGGGAAAAGCGCUCUUUCCUCAGACGCUCCGAGUGGUGCCUUUUGUCGGCACAACUUGCUGUUCGUUGAAAAGCUUCAUUAAAAGGACAGAGUGGAGAAUGAGCACCGUGUGUUUUUGUGUCCGCGCGCACACACGAUCACGAGUGCGCAGUGUUCAUGGCCGCUGCAGCCUCUCGUCCCGCGCUGUGACCCGUGCGCGCGACGGCCGUGUCCUGCGGCUCCUGCGCUCGGACGCUUCGGCUUUUCCCAAACCUUUAUUGGCCUUCUGCGCACGAAGGACAGGCGCGGCGCCUCGCACCCCCAGGGCUUUGCUCAGCUCCGUGCCGUGAGCCUCGCGCUGAAAGGAUGAGAAAGGGAAGCCGCAAUGAGGAAACGAAAGCUGCACCGCUGUUGCCCUCGCGCCCGGGACCCCGCUCCAAAUGUUUCUUCAUCACGCCGUUGCUCCACAUUAACGUUUCCCGCAGCUGAAAGGUCACACGCUUCUUUUCUCACCGCAUUUCCUCAAAACUCACUGCGCCCAUUUAUUACAUCUUUCUUACGCCGUUUGGCCGCUGCUCAGUACCGAGGAAC